AUGGGAUCAGACGAUAAGAUUAUCACCGCGUUCAAGGAACUCACCAACAUUAAGCCCCAGGAGCAGAAUCUUCCAGGCAAAGAUGUCAACAUGGACCCCUAUGCGGAGUUCACCAAGCUUGAGUGUUGGGAUGAUGAAGGAAAGCCAUAUUUGAAGGAAUACCAAGGUUCUGGAAAGCUCAAGGGAAAGACGGCCAUCGUGACGGGAGGUGAUUCGGGAAUCGGACGUGCAGCAGCUCAAAUGUUUGCUCGAGAAGGUGCCGACGUGACAAUCGUCUACCUGCCCCAUGAAGAGGAAGAUGCACAACGAACGAAGAAAGCUAUCGAAGCUGACGGAGCCAAAUGCCUCUGCGUUCCUUUCGACCUGAUGAAGGCUGAGAAUUGCAAGAGUGUGGUCGACAAGCAUAUCGAAGCGUACGGCAAGCUCGAUAUCCUUGUCAACAAUGCCAGCAAGCAGAUCAUGGAGAAGGAUCUGGCGGACAUUGACCUCGAAAAUGUAGAGAGCACUUUCCGAAGUAACAUUCUUGGCAUGUUUGCCUUGACCAAAUUCGCCCUUCCUCACCUCAAACGAGGAUCGUCCAUUAUCAACUCGUCCUCCGUCACUGCUUUCAAAGGCUCGGCCGCGAUGACCGAUUAUUCGUCCACCAAGGGCGCAAUCGUGACCUUUACUCGAUCUCUUGCACUUCAAUUGGCUCCAAAGGGAAUCCGAGUCAACGCAGUGUGUCCUGGACCCGUGUGGACGCCCCUCCAGCCCGCGAGCCGACCCAGUGAGCAAAUGGAGGAUUUCAGUGUUGGAACUCUGCCUCUCCACGGCAGAGCGAACAUGCCCUCGGAGAUGGGUCCUGCCUAUGUGUUUUUGGCCAGCGCCGAUUCCAACGCCAUGACUGGUCAGAUGAUGCACCUGAACAAUGGCCAAUGGAUCGGUUAG